AGAGCGCAGAGAUAGAGAGAGAAAGUCAGUCUCUGCGCAGAUUCUAGUUGUGAAGAAGACCUUCGUUUCCGAGAUGUCUCUGCUUUCAGAUCUCAUCAACCUCGACCUCUCGGAGUCCACCGAGAAGGUGAUCGCUGAGUACAUAUGGAUCGGUGGAUCUGGUAUGGACCUGAGGAGCAAAGCUAGGACUCUCCCAGGACCAGUUAGUGAUCCUUCAAAGCUGCCCAAGUGGAAUUAUGAUGGUUCUAGCACCGGUCAAGCUCCUGGAGAUGAUAGUGAAGUGAUCCUAUACCCACAAGCAAUUUACAGAGAUCCAUUCAGAAGGGGUAAAAAUAUCUUGGUCAUAUGUGAUGCGUACACUCCUGCUGGAGAACCCAUUCCCACGAACAAGAGACACUCUGCCGCAAAAAUAUUUAGCCAUCCUGAUGUUGUUGCCGAAGAACCUUGGUAUGGCAUUGAGCAGGAAUACACCUUGUUGCAGAAAGAUGUACACUGGCCUCUUGGAUGGCCUAUUGGUGGCUUUCCUGGACCUCAGGGACCAUACUAUUGUGGUGCUGGCGCAGACAAGGCUUUUGGUCGUGACAUUGUAGAUUCACAUUACAAAGCCUGCCUAUAUGCUGGCAUCAGCAUCAGUGGAAUCAAUGGAGAAGUCAUGCCUGGCCAAUGGGAAUUCCAAGUUGGUCCUGCAGUUGGUAUCUCUGCUGGUGACGAAUUGUGGUGUGCUCGUUACAUCUUGGAGAGGAUCUGUGAGAUUGCUGGUGUGGUGGUUUCCUUUGACCCCAAGCCAAUUCCGGGUGACUGGAAUGGAGCUGGUGCUCACGCAAACUACAGUACCAAGUCCAUGAGAAAUGAUGGAGGAUAUGAAGUCAUCAAGAAGGCAAUCGAGAAGUUGGGCAAGAAGCACAAGGAGCACAUCGCUGCAUAUGGUGAAGGCAACGAGCGUCGUCUGACAGGAAAGCACGAGACUGCCAAUAUCGAAACCUUCUUAUGGGGUGUUGCAAACCGUGGUGCAUCAAUUAGAGUUGGGAGGGACACAGAGAAAGCAGGAAAGGGUUACUUUGAGGACAGGAGGCCAGCCUCUAACAUGGACCCAUAUGUGGUCACUUCCAUGAUUGCAGACACCACCAUUCUCUGGAAACCAUGAAAUCUCUGAGAGAUCCUUCAUUGUUUACUACCAUUUGCUCUCAUUCUCUAUUAUUGAAUGUGGUCACCAGGUUCUGUUAGGUUGUCCUAGUGCUCGUUUAUGUUAGGAUGAUGAUUAGCAGCAAGCUUCUUGUGGUUCGUUAGCUGUUUGGCUUGUUGGAUAUUGUUGGUUGAAAAGCGAAGUGUAUUGCUUCUUCCAAUUCUCUCUCUGUCACUCUUAAAACGUGCUGCAAUAAUGUGAUGCUCUUUUUAAACGUUUUUUAUGAUUAAUAAAAAAAAAAUUAUGUAUUGGUA